AGGUUAAAUUUGUUUGGUAAUAAAGAUGAUGAUUCUGUUACUCAAGUAACAAGCGAAUCACCAACAACACCUUCAUCAUUUCCUAUUAUUUAUUCGGUGAUGAUAACUCCUCCUUCUUCUGUUAUUAAAAUGACAAUACGUAAAAAUAUGUUAUCUGACAAAACGGCAUCCAAAGCUAUGACAGUACCCAAGGCAACGGCAUCCAAAGCGAUGGUUGAUCAAGCAGCCAAUGAUUCGCGUGAAUUGACUAAAUUAAUUAAAAUUGGUCAAAGUAACUCAUCAAAACUUAAUUCAGUGAUAGAACAUCAAGAAAGACUAGAAGCUAUAAUAAAUAAACAAAAGGGUCAGAUUGCGAAAAUAAUAUUAAGAUUAAAAAAUCUAGAUACUCUGACUGAAGUUGAAGUGAAAGAUGGCAAAGGCAAAGGAAAAAAUAAAGGGAGAAA